AUGACCCUAGCCACAGUUGGAUAUAUGGCUCCACACUCACUAUUAUUACCAGAUGGAAUCAUAGAUGAAGUUGUAGAUGCCAAUUUGCUUGGGAUUGGGACAGAGCAGGAAAAUGACGAUCAUGUGAGGAAGAGGGAUUGCAUAUCAACUAUUAUGAGAUUAGUUAUUAUUUGCUGUGCAAAAUCACCAGAAGAGAGGAUAAGUGUGGAAGAAACUGUAGCCACGCUCAACAAAAUCAAGACAAAGUUUUUGAAGGACUCUGGUGUAGGAAGAGAUGGAACUAGUCAUAAGAACGAGAUUCAAAGCAUCUUACUUGGUAUGAUAUCAGUAUCAGAGCAGGAUUUGUUCUGUUGUGUCGUGGCUGCAACCACCACGGCCUCUUGUCAGCUCCUUCACUGCUUUUCGCCAUGCCAAGAGGCAAGAAACGGCUUAUUACGGCAGCCUAUUUUUGUGGAGUGUAAACAACCAAGGUGGGAUUGGGCGAAGCUCAAAUCAGUCAGUGAUGGGGUCAUUGGGCUUUCUAUAACUGAAUAUUUUGAUUACCAAAAACAAACUUGA